UUAAAUACACAUAAUAAAAAUUAUAAAAAUACAUAUUAAAAAAUAUAUGUAAGACAAAUUAACAAAAUUUCACAUGGACAUAUUUUAUUUUCUAAAUAUGCAUCAAAAAUAUUAAUCAAAUUUUUCUGUCCAUAAGGUAAAAUAUUCCAAAUGGACAUUACAACUCUAUGCAAUUCUUCUGGUCAGCUCAAUCUCUUUUAUCCUUUAUUAUCAAGAAUUACAGGAGGAAAUAUUAUCCAAUAUCCCCAAUCCGACAUUUUGGGUUCGACCGACCCACAUAAUGUCAUCUCAAAGAUUCUUUUCUUUUUUUACACUAUUAUCCAUUGUAGAAACAACAAUUCUCUUGCUGCGAAACACGGACACGGCACUCAACUCGCGUGUCGCGUGUCGGACACGCGACGAUCCGUGUCCGACACGCCAAAUGAAGUGUUCAAUAUUUUAAUAUUUUUUCGGACACGAGGACACGGCAAGGACACGCGACGGACACGGCAAGGACAAACACUCGAAGUCGGUGCAGCAACUGCUGCUGACUAAUUUCACUGUGGGUUGUGGGUUGUGGGUUGUUCGAAUCCAAUCGAAGAAACAAGUCGGAAACUGCAACCGCCGGAGCUUCAACAAUUUUCUUUCUCUCAGUUUCGAAAGGCGACUUCUUCUUUCGAUAUAUCGUAUCGGGUCGGCCGUUUGUGGUGUCAAUCCUUGGGUAUUCGUGCGGUGGAAGAGGAAGAGGCAGAGGGAGAAGAGAGAAGAAGGUUAUAGUUUAUGAAUUGAUGGUGAAUGGAAGCUUACAGGAGAAAUUAUUAUUUGCAUUUUAAUUGUGGAAAUAGUGCUGUUGUUCAUGGUGAUGUUAAACCCAGUAAUGUCAGUGGCGGACCCAGCUAGGGGCAAGGGGGGGCAGUGGCCCCCCCAAUUUGAAAAAAAUAAAUCAGAUUUUUUUAAAAAAAAAAAUUAUUUUUUGCGACCACAUAGCGACCACCUGGCGACGAAAAUCCCCGUCGCUAAUAACCUUUAAAAAAAAAAAAUAAAAACGGCAGCCUACUGCCUACCUACCCAGAGUUCCUUCUCAUUUCGAAAAAAGGUACCAAACCCUAAACGGCACAGGCUUCCUCUUCGGCUCUUCCUCUCCCAAAUCUGAAAUCUCCACCGCGGCACCGCCACAGCACACAAACGGCAGCCUUCUCUUCCUCUUCGUCGCCAGUCGCCACAGCCACAGCCUUCGACAUUCGUCCGUUCCAUACUCAAUUCCAUACUUCCUCUUCGUCCGUUCGUCCCUCACAGUCACUGACUGUUCUUGAGCUCUUCCUCUUCUUCGCUACUCGCUUCUCACAGACACGACAGUACACUUCGUCAAUUGAAAUGUCAAGUAAUUCAAGUUCACCUUGUUCGAAAAAGUCAAAAGCAAAGGGAAGACAACCCGAUCUUCGUGAAUUAUUGUUUAAAAGAAUGAAAUCCCAACAAACAUCUAACGAAGGCAAUGAAUCUCCUCCUUUAAGUUCCCCUCUAAGUCCUCCUUUAAGUUCCCCUCCAAGUGAAGAUGUUAAUAUGGAAGUAGGUGGUUCAAGUAGAAGUAGUUGUGAUGAACCAUUGGAUGAUGAGUGGGUGUAUGAUGUUGAACUUCUUCCUCAUGACCCGGGAUUGAGGAAAAACAUAAUGGAUUAUCCCCCUAAUGAAAGAAAUCCGGUUAGGAGAGCAUAUAUUCUUAAAAAACCUUGCCAACCCAAAACACAUGAUUUCCCUCAAAGUAAUAUCUCCGGUAGGUUACGCCGUUUUAGUUUGAAUUGGUUCAAAAAAUGGGAUUGGCUUGAAUAUAGUGUUGAAAUGGAUGCCGCAUUUUGUUUUGUUUGUUAUUUGUUCAAGAGGGAUGUUGAAAUUAACAAGGGGGGUGAUGCAUUUGUUGUUGGAGGGUUUAGAGCGUGGAAUAAACCUGAGAGGCUUGAGAAGCAUGUUGGAGGAAUUAAAAGUGCUCAUAAUAUUGCUUAUGAGAAAUAUGUGAAUCUAAGAGAUUCAAAGAAGACAUCAAUUGAAUUUGUAUUUGAUAAUGCGAGUGAGGUUCAAAUGAAUGAAUAUCAUAUUCGUUUGAAUGCAUCCUUAACUUGUUUGAGAUUUCUUUUGGGCCAAGGUUUGGCAUUCCGUGGACAUGAUGAAAGUGAGGAGUCAUAUAGUAGAGGUAACUUUAUUGAGCUUUUGAAGUGGUUGGGUGGGAAGGUUGAGGAAAUAAGAAAAUAUACUUUUCAAAAUGCACCCAAAAAUUGUCAAUUAACAUCUCCCAAAAUUCAAAAAGACAUUAUCACUUGUUGUGCAAAAGAGACUACUAAGCGCAUAAUAGAAGAGGUUGGUGAUGGUUACUUUUCUAUUUUGGCCGAUGAAUCAAGUGAUGUGUCUCAAAAAGAACAACUAGCUCUUGUUUUGCGGUUUGUUAAUAGAGAAAAUGGAUCGGUAGUGGAACGCUUUUUAGGCAUUCUACAUGUGGGUGAUACUACCGCUUUGUCUCUUAAAAAUGCCAUUAUGUCAUUGCUUAUGGAACAUUCAUUGAGUCCUUCCAUGAUAAGAGGUCAAGGGUAUGAUGGGGCAAGUAACAUGAGGGGUGAAAUCAAUGGCCUCAAGACUUUGAUUAUGAAUGAUAAUCCAAGAGCCUAUUACAUUCAUUGUUUUGCUCAUCAACUUCAACUAACUCUAGUUGCGGUUGCUAAAAAGAAUGUUAAUUGUACUUGGCUUUUUGACGUACUUGCAAACUUGUUAAAUGUGGUGGGAGCUUCUUGUAAGAGAAGAGACCUUAUUCGAAAACACCAAGCUCAAGUAGUGGCUCAAGCUUUGGAAGUGGGGGAAAUUGAAAGUGGAUCGGGUUUGAAUCAAGAACGUGGUUUGAGUAGGCCGGGAGAUACACGUUGGGGAUCUCAUUACAAGUGUCUAAUAAGUAUCAUCAACUUGUUUCCUUCAAUUGUUAAAGUGCUUGAGGAGAUUGGAGAAAAUGGCUCUCCGGAUGAUAAGCUCAAAGCUCAAGUUGUUUUAGGAUCUUUGGAGUCCUUUGAUUUUAUUUUUAUGGCUCAUUUCAUGUUGACUAUUUUUGGCUACACUAAUGAUUUAUGUGUUGCUUUACAAAGAAAGGAACAAGAUAUUGUGAAUGCCAUUAGCCUUGUUAAAAGUACAACGAAUGUGUUGCAAAAGAUGAGGGAUCAAGGAUGGGAUAGUCUCUUAGACAAAGUCAUUUUAUUUUGUACUAAACACGAGAUUGAUGUUCCAUCUAUGGAUGCUCAAUAUGUACCUCAAGGAAGAUCAAGACGUUUUGCUAAACAAGCAACAAAUCUUCAUCAUUUUCGGGUUGCAAUCUUUUUGGAAGUAAUUGAUUUGCAUCUUCAAGAGAUUGAUAACCGUUUUAAUGAGAAGAACAUGGAGUUACUUACAUGCAUGGCUUCCCUGAGUCCUAGAGGUAACUUUUCAUCUUUUGAUAAAGAGAGGAUACUUAAACUUGCUUCUUUAUAUCCCGAAGAGUUUUCAUGUUUUGAUUUAACGGCUCUUGAUCUUCAACUUGAUGUCUUCUUGGAUUCUAUGCAAAAUGAUGAAAGAUUUCAUGAUUUGCAAGAUAUCAAUUCUCUUUCCAUGAUGCUUGUUAAAACAAGGAGACAUGAGACUUUUCCUCUUAUACAUUUGCUAAUCAAGUUGAUGUUGAUUCUUCCUGUUGCUACGGCAAGUGUAGAAAGAGUGUUUUCCGCAAUGACGUUUGUCAAAAAUAAGUUGAGAAAUAGCAUGGGUGAUCAACUAGUGAAUGAUUGUUUGGUUACUUACAUUGAGAAGGAAGUGUUUCUACAAGUUUCUGAUGAAAAGAUUAUUGAUCGCUUUAAAAAUAUGAAAACUCGAAGGAUUAAUUUGUAAUUUUCAUUUGAACGCUUGUAUUUUUUUUUUAAUAUUUUGGAUUGUAAAACUUUUAACAUCGGAUU